AUGAAGGAAAUUCAGCAUUCGUUUGAAAUUUUGUUGCAGAUAUUAGAACUCAAGCGGAACGUCAGACAGAAAAUUAGAAGCGGUGAUAUCAAUCAUAAAAUUGGUACAACAACAAUUUCUACUACUACUCCUACUAUUAGUAUCUCUACUACUGCUACUACUACUAAUACUGCUACUACUACUACUGCUACUACUACUACUGCCACUACUGCAACUUCUACUACUACCGCUACUACUAAUACAACAUUUACAACAACAAUUACCACUGAUACUAAUAAUACUACUACUGCUUCUGAUUACUAUAGUGCUGUUUCUGAAUUGUCAAAGGAAGCCAUUGAAGCUGCAACUGAAGAGAAUCGUCAACUUAAGAAAAAAGUGAACAUUCUUGAAAACGAACAGAAACUUACUUUGACCGAACUGGUGAACUACAGCGAAAAUCACGAGAAAACCGAAUACGACGACAAUUCCGACGAAAAUUCGCCAAAUUUUCGCAACCUAUCGCUGAACGCAGAAGAGACCGCAGGUGAAGAUUUAUUUCCGAAAUGGGUGAUGGCCCUGAUAUUUGCGAUUAUCGCCGGUCUCGGAUUGGCAGUUGCUGUCACGGCCCUCUUUUUAAAUAGGAGUGAGUGA